CUCUGUCAGACCGUGCUACGAGUACUUAAGCCGUCCCAUUUCCUUCCACGCGAGAGCACCCACGGGACGACGCCCCUCUGAAGUUCUCUUCCGCUUCUCUACCCCUCUAUCUCCUCUGGCAUGUUCGAAGACGGCCCUGAGUACAGAGCACGGCUGUCGAAGCCCUUCGUGCCCCCGACCGUAACCCUCAAGGAGAUCCACGAUGCAGUGCCGAAGCACCUACUACGAAAGAAUCCAAGGCUCUCAAUCUACUACUGCGUCCGGGAUGUAGCGUGCUGCGUCGCUAUAUUCUGCUAUGGCUUCUCGAUCGAGCGCAUCCUUGCGAGCGACUUCGGUGGCUUCGUGCCCUUGUCUGCUGCAUGGCAUGUUCAUGUUGCCCGGACCGCGCUCUGGCUGGUCUACUGGUGGUUUCAAGGGCUUUCAUUCGCGAGCUUCUUCUGUAUCGGUAAGUCGCAUGAGCUCGGCCACCAAACAUUGUUCGACAAUCGAUAUGUCAAUGAUAUACUCGGGUACUUCUACCACGCAUUCAUCAUGGCUCCAUUCUUUGCCUGGAAGGCGAGCCACAACGCACAUCACAAAACGGUGGCAUCCAUCGAGCGCGAUGAGAACUACGUGCCAUAUGAGCGCAACGAUUAUCCUCUCCCUCCCAAGGAGAGGGCCAGCACGGCCGACUACCUGGAGAUGUUCGAUGAGACGCCCAUCUUGACAGUGGCGCGGAUGCUUGUUAUGCAGGGAGCUGGCUGGUGGCUUUACAUGACAACGAAUGUCAUGGGUUCGAAGCGAUAUCCAAAGGGGACGAAUCACUUGUCACCAUACUCUGCAAUCUUCAGACCCGACCAAAGAUUAGGCAUUUUCCUCUCGGAUAUCGGUCUUCUCGGGAUGGUUUGGAUAUUGUACCGGCUGGCAAACAUAUAUGGUGCAAAGGCAGUCUUGAUGUAUUAUUUCAUCCCCUACGUGCUCUGCAAUCACUGUAUCAUAAUGCUGACAUUCCUCCAUCACUCCGACCCAACUAUUCCUCAUUACCGCAAGGAUGAAUGGUCCUGGGUGCGCGGGGCCGCAGCUACCGUUGACCGCCCGCUCCUCGGAUGGGCAGGCCGGUUCUUCUUGCAUAACGUUUCGCAUGACCAUGUGGCCCAUCACUUCUUCUCCUACGCCCCGUUCUACAACCAGCCGGAGAUCACUAAGUGUGUUCGUAAGGUCCUCAAGGACCAGUAUAACUUCGACUCAACUAACACAUUCUACGCCCUGUAUCGCUCGUUCACGCAGUGCGUCUACGUGGAUGACGACGAGUCGAUCGUAUUCUACAAGAACAAGUACGGCCAGUCUGUCCGGGACGUCGCCAAAAACGAGCUCGAGCAGAUUGACGAGCACUGGAAUCCGGAGGAGCAAGAUUGCGGGACCAAAGUGGUGGAGUAGCCAUGUGUGUCGGCGACGUGACGUGAGUCUUCGAAUAUAGAGGUUGAUCGAUUGAUCAGCGGGCCUGUAUGAUUCUGGGCAGUGGGUCGAAUAUAAUACAACAAAAGAUGCUUCCCUCCGUACCACUACCAGGGCCGUUACGACGGGAGACGUGCCUUCUCUUCCCUCGGUAAC